CAGAGCACGAGUGACUCGCCUCAGAGACAUUCAGAGAGCUGAGCGAGACACUGUGAAACUGUGAAGCGGCUUCUUUCUCCUGACAAUGAUUAUUAUUACGAUAUCUAAAAACUAAUAUUUAUUACUGUAUCGUCUUGAAAGCACAAUGGCACGAGGAGAGGGCGCUGAACAGUACGCGGCGAGUUUACUAUCAAUCAAACCUAUACAUACAGAGGUCAAGACAGCAAAGCCAAAGAACCAGAGAAAUCGUCUGUCUGUGUGGAACAAACUGUGCUAUGCCAUCGGUGGGGCUCCCUACCAGAUCACAGGCAGCGCUCUGGGCUUCUUCCUCCAGAUCUACCUGCUGGAUGUGGCUCAGCUGGAUCCCUUCCAUGCCUCUAUAAUCCUGUUUGUGGGCCGGGCCUGGGACGCCAUCACAGACCCCACAGUGGGUUUCCUGGUGAGCCGGAGUAGAUGGACCGGCAUCGGCCGCAUGAUGCCCUGGAUCCUUUGCUCUACACCGUUUGCGGUGCUGACUUACUUCCUGAUCUGGUACGUGCCUCCUUUUGAACACGGGAAGAUCGUCUGGUACCUGAUCUUUUACUGCCUCUUCCAGUCAAUGCAGACGUGCUUCCACGUGCCAUAUUCAGCCCUCACCAUGUUCAUCACCAACGACCAGACAGAGAGGGACUCUGCCACUGCUUAUCGUAUGACGGUGGAGGUGCUGGGCACAGUUCUGGGCACAGCGAUCCAGGGACAGAUAGUAGGCGGCGCCACAAAUUGUCCCGCCGAGCCUGAUGAGCCCAUCAGCAGUAACUCCACCAACGCGUCCACAGUGUCACUGGAGGAGACGAAACAAGCGUACUUGAUUGCGUCAGGGGCCAUCUGCGUCAUCUACGUCCUCUGUGCCGUGGUCUUGUUUUUGGGUGUGAAGGAGCAGAAAGAGUGCGGGCGAAAGAAAACACUUCUCACCUUCCGUCAGGGCAUGUGGCUGGUGAUGAGCCACGGACCGUACGUCAGGCUGGUCAUCGGCUUCCUCUUCACCUCUCUGGCCUUCAUGCUACUGGAGGGAAACUUUGCCCUUUUCAUCACCUACGCUCUCGGCCAUAGGAAACACUUCCAGAAUAUUCUCCUGGUCAUCAUGCUCUCUGGGACUCUAACCAUCCCGUGGUGGCAGUGGUUUCUGACCCGGUUUGGGAAGAAGAUGGCAGUUUACUUUGGCAUCUCGUGGGCAGUACCCUUCAUGAUCCUAAUCAUCUGCGUCAAGAGCAACCUGAUCCUUUCUUACUUUGUGUCAGUGGCGGCAGGUGUGAGCGUGGCGGCAGCUUUCCUCCUGCCUUGGUCAAUGCUUCCCGACGUAGUGGACGACUUCAAGGUUAAAAACCCAGACAUCCACGGUCACGAAGCCCUCUUCUACUCCUACUAUGUGUUCUUCGUCAAGUUUGCCUCUGGAGUAUCCCUGGGUGUCUCUACCCUCAGUUUGAAAUUUGCCGGCUAUGUGACCGGGAGCUGUUUACAACCCGAGGAGGUCAGUUUAACCCUGAAGGUGCUGGUCUCUCCUGUGCCUGUGGCUCUUAUAGCUGUGGGACUUUUGAUAUUGAGGACCUACCCUAUUGAUGAAGAAAGGAGGCAGGGCAACCGAAAACUACUACAGGAAAUGCUGGACUCUGAGUCUGAAACUUCAGUGCUUGGGAGCGACGUGUAACGUCGGAGGACGAGCCAGCCACCACAGCUGCUUUAACAUGUUUGCACAAGACUGUCGAGGGACACGACCGCCAACUAUCUGGACUAACGGAGGAGAGACCACAGACCACAACUGCUGCACAAACAUCAUCUGCAUUUAGUCCCCUCCAGUCCUCCAGACCACACAGGUUUACAUCGCCCUCUGGUGGCCGGCCAGUGGCAUCUUGUGUGUGUGUGUUUGUGUGUGUCAAGUAUUUUCUGUUGUCCAUUAUCUCCAGCUGUGUCCCAAUUAAACUGCCAAAACUGAAAAGUAUACACAAUUUUUCCAAUUGCCACAGUGGUUUUUUUGGCAGGAAGUGUAGUUCUGUAAUUCCUGGGUUAGUGUCCGUUCUUCUUGCUUUCACUUCCCAAUAUACUGUUUUCUUCAUUAUUUAGAUGACACACAGCACUACGAUCUGUCCAUAGUUCACCCUAAAGGGUUACCUACUACUGAACUGGACAUUACAAUCUUGUCAUUUAAAAGAAGAUAAAACAUGUUUUUGUCAGCAUUUAACAACUGCAGCUUGUAAAGGUGUGCAGUGGCUCCUAGGAGCUGGAGUCAUGUUGUCUUGGUGGAGUUUUAGUCCGCAAAGAGAAAUCAAACUGAUUUUCCAAAGAGUUGUGACUUUAUUGUUUACCGAGACAUUUCUGUAACUGUCGACAAUGUUUUUUUACCUCGACUAGUUGUAAGCCGCAACAGUAUUUGUACACUGGUGUAAAUGCACAACUUACUGAAAUGCUCUGUUGGAAUUGGGACACAGCUUGUGAUUGUUUAUGAAGGAUUUGCUGGUUUGCAAGAUCCAACCUUCACUCGUACAGAGUGUGAUGUUACCUUGAUGAUUACCAUGUCUUAGGUCACUUGUGAUUGACUUGCAAUCCAGAUAAGGUGCUAUGAAGGACAUACACUAUCAGCCCUUAUUUACAAAGGGCAUACCAGCACUAUUCCAGUAAUUGGAGUUGUAUGAAGCUGUGCUACAAUUUCUACUUUGGUGUUGCUGUUCCUUUUGUAGAUCAUUUCAGAAAGCUAAACACUUUUAAAGUGUACUUCAAUCUUCUGAAGGGGAAAAUGCACCUUGUGGUUGGAUUUACUAUAUGUAUGAAACACUGCCUUUCACACCUUGAAUUAUUAGAUGCAAUGAGAUUUUCUGUUGAACUUGUUGUUCAGGUUAUUUUUAUUUUUGCUACUUUUAGAAGCAUUUCCCCAUCCCACCUUUUUUGUGCUUUCACAUUUCUACCAAUCUCCGUCAGGUCUCAGACCUUUCUGAAUGUGCGUCACAGAGAAGUAAACUCCGGUCUGAGGUCAUUUCAGCAUGUUCUCCCUCCCCAAAGGGAAGGGAAACGAUGCUUUAUUUAAAUAUUUAUUUAAAUUAUUUAAGGGAUUCUUUUUUUUUUUCUUAUGAAAAUACAUGUAUGAUAAUUUAUUAACAUUGAAUGAUUAUUGAAGGAUAUGUUGGUGAUUUUCAUCAAAAUGGUGGAUUUCUUUUUCUAAGAAAAGAAAAUGGCACAAGUUGCUGUAAUGUGACAAACGUACUGCCUUUACAGUGUCUGUUCUUACAAGCAGCUGCCCAAACCCAGUUUUUCUAUAAUAAAGUAUGCAGGAGACAUUUAUCCGCACUUUACAUGGCUCGAUUUAACCACAUCUUACAUCCUUAUUGGUUAUUAAGAUUUCAGAAAAACUUCUUUAAAACAUAUAGGUAUAUUCCUGCAUAGUGUAUUUGAAAUUGCUCUGAAAGAGCUGAAUGAAGCACAUUACAUCAAUCCUUAGUGUUUAUUUGCUACUGUAUGUAUAACAUGUAAAUACUUUUUUCUAAGUUGCACUUUGAUGAGCAAUAUAUAUAUAUACCAGCGAAGAGACUAAAUUAAUUUGCUGUAAAUUUGUAAUUUUGAGUCUGUGAAUAAAGUUUGUCAAAUCCUG